AUGUUAUCUCAAAUGUCUUAAAUGGAUUCCAUUUUACGUGGAGGUGGUUGCGGAACUUCAAAAAUAAACCCUCUAUCAUCAGAAAUCUCAAAGUCAGAUAAUUAAGAUCUUUAUAAUUUCUUUAAUAAAUUUAAUUUUUAUGUUGAGAUAAUUUGCACUAAGGCUGUUAUUGCUGUUGAUUAGUCAGAGAAUUAAGAAAUAAUGAUAGCUCUGUAAUGGUUUACUUAUUAAGAAGAAAAAAUUUACAAACUUAACAAGAAUGCUUAAAGCGUAGCGGAAUCUUACAACUUAAUUUUAGAGGGUAUUAAAAAGUUGUUGAAAAGUUGUUUGAUCUACAUUAGAACAGAUUCAUUUAAAUGUUUAUACAUAUUAUAGACAACAGCGUCUCUAUCUAAAGUUGUAUUUAGCUUUCAUGUGAUGAAUGAGGAGAGAUUUAUGAAAUGUGAUUUAUAACAGGAAUUUUUGGACAUCUCUGAUGAAUUAGGAUAACAUGUGAAAAUAGAGAAGAAUGAUUUAAUUCAAAAUCAAAUGGAACUCUUUCUUUUUUUAACAAAAACUUCUUUCUAGAUAUCACCAAAUAAUAGUAAUCAAAGGAAAGAAAUUUUAGAAGGAUUUUUAAGUGGGAUCAUUGUUUCGAUGAUUUAAAUGAGGCCAAAUGAACAAUUGCUUGAAUCAUUGUUCAAGGGAGCUUGUUAUCUUUAUUAUUCAUAUGUUGUUGAUAAAAAUAGAAAAUAGUUUGAAAUAUGUUGCAAUGGGAGAUAAUAAGUUAUUUUAACAAUGAAAGAUUUUAAGAUCUAGACGAAAUAAUUUUACGUGUUGAGGUAAUAUAUGAUUAAAUUGUGA